AUGACUACUCAGGAUAAUUCAAUUGAAGACACGAUGUUAAGACAAGAUGAAGGAAGUGACAUAGAAUGUCUACGAAAGAAGAGGCCUUUGGAUGUUAGUUUAUCGCCUGCUCCUAAAAAAGUGUUUCAGGUAGUUUUCAAAGUAGUGCCUAAUGACAUUAAACCCACAUCGAAUAUCACUGGGACGCUUUAUGAAAACAAAUUGUCAGAUCGUCAGACGGCGUUCUUACGGUCAUCUGGGACGCGGGACAUUGUAAUGAUCGACUGUGACUUUUCGCGGUUGCACAAUUCCAGGAAUAUGAAAUCUCUAGUACAGCAAGUGAUGUAUGCGUACAACAGUGCCAGUUCCCGGGGUAUCCUACUUUACGUGUGUGGCAUCGAUAGCGAGAUGUUGCCUGCCCUAAAGAAAUGUCAAGUGGAUCAUUGGUGCGCUUAUGCCACUGGUAGGAAAGUAGAGCAGAUCUUCAACAAUGUCAAUGCAAUUGACGCCUUCGACCCCAUCCAGGAUUCGAACCAAUUCGAUUUCAUAUACCUAUCCGCUGAUGCCGCGCACACGUUCGAUGACUCUGAUCGAAUCAUUCCAGAACAACCUAAAGAAUCAACAACAAUCAACGCAACAACACCACCGGCUACACCACCACCGGCUACACCACCGGCUACACCACCGGCUACACCACCGGCUGCCUUGGAACAAACUACCUCGGUUUCGGUCCAAGGCGUUUCGGUCCAAGGCGUUUCGGCCCUAGACGACGCAGCCGCUUCGGUUGGUUCUGUAACAAAAUUGCGGGAAGCACCGCAUGGGGGCGAGGAUUCUACAAGUGGACAGGUUGCUAAUGAUGUGCAGGUUGCUAGUGGUGACGAACGGCUUAUCAGAAGGGUUUAUGUGGUGGGAGGAUUAAUCGACCGGAACCAGUACAGAAAUGAGUGUUACAAUAAAUCAAAGGCGCUUCGGAUGAAGUCUGCCAAGCUGCCGAUAACUGGAGCUUUGAGUCGCCUUGGCUGCAAAUUGUGGACAUCAUAUCUCGGCAUCUCUCCGGGUUGUCAUGGACAGAUAGUUGUGAAGCAGUAG